AUGCCGGAUCCUUUCGUGAAAGGUGAAAUCCAUGAGAAGAAGGUCAUGCUGAGCGUCUGGUGGGGAGUUCAUGGAAUGUACCGUUUCGAACUGCUGCUGAACAACACGACAGUUACUGCCGAUGUCUACUGCACUCAACUGCAAAGACUGGCCGACAAGAUCCGCAAAGAGCACCCGAAGCUCGACAACGUUCUCCUGCUGCACCUUAACGCGGGCAUCCACAUCGCGAAGAAGACUUAG